ACAUGAUCUCUUUUACAAUUAAAGUUGAAUUUUAGUUAAUGGUUAAUACUUUUAACCGAUAGUUUAUUUGACAUCUUGAGGCAUUCCCUCAAGAUGCCCCUUGUAUAUAAGAAUCUAAGGGAUACAACGGAAUUCCAGAGGAUAGAUACUGGAAUAGGCCACGGUACAUCUAUAAACUCGUUAAAAUCGCAAUCAUUUCUAAAUGGGCCGCGUUUCAAAUAUACUUUUGGGUCCUUUCACUUGCUAGUGUUAUACACACUCUAUAUACUGUUGAUUCCACAAUGCUUUGCACUAUCAUAUCGUCGUGAGUGUAAAUCUGUGGGUUAUAUAUCCACUGGAAUCUGCUAUGGCGCUAUAAACACGAGGUCAUUCUGCGUUUCACAGAGAAGACAUGGCCUUGGCAUCAAUAGUUCAAAGGUUGACCAAAUCCUCGAAGAACUCAAAGUUUUGACACUUAUGGAAACUGCGGAACUCGUGAAGAAAAUCGAGGAAACCUUUGGUGUAUCGGCCACUCCAGUGAUGCAGGUACAGGCAGCCGGAGUUGCAACCGUUUCAGGACAAACGGAGGAGACCAAAGAAGAAGAGGAGGAAGAGGAAGAGAAGAAGAAAAAGACGUCCUUCGAAGUUCUCUUGACAGAAGUAAAGACGGAGAAACGUAUGUCAAUGUUCAGGACACUCAAGUCACUCAUGCCUGACCAUGACCUACAGCAAAUCAAAAAGAUCAUGGACAACCUACCGUUUAGCCUCAACAUAUUUAAAACACAAAAGGAAGCUGACGAACUCAAGGCCAAAAUUGAAGAAUCUGGAGGGACCGUGAAGAUACAAUAA